AUGGAUACUGACACUUUCAAUGCUAGUACAGAAUUCAUCUUGGUUGGACUCUCCAAUGACCGCAAGACACAGAUCCUACUCUUUGUGGUCAUUUUCCUCAUCUAUAUAUUUACCCUUGUGGGGAAUGCAGGCAUCAUCAUUUUGGUUCGGACAGACUCCCACCUCCACACGCCCAUGUAUUUCUUUCUUACACAACUCUCAAGUAUGGAGAUCUGCUUUGUCAACUUCAUCAUCCCUCAGAUCCUUGCUCACCUUCUAGCGGGUCAUGCAGGAUUGUCUUUAAUACAUUGUGCCUUGCAGAUGUACACAGCAUUGGCCUUCGCUGCUGCUGAAGUACUUCUGCUGUGCGUUAUGGCCUAUGACCGCUACUUAGCCAUAUGCCAUCCCCUUGAAUAUGCCACUGCCAUGGGAAGGCGGUGCCAGUUCCAGCUUGCUUCAGCCUGCUGGAUAGGUGGAUUUUGUGUUGCAACAGUAGGUGUGAGCCUCACCUUUAGCCACCCCUUCUGUGGCCCUUGCUGCAUCAACCAUUUCAUCUGUGAAGUACCAAUGGUAUUGAGGCUCGCAUGUGAUGACACUCAUAUAACAGAAACCAUAGUUUUUGUGAUGUCAGCAAUAUUCCUCUUUUGCUGUCUUUCAGUUAUUUUGACUUCCUACGGACCCAUUCUGUUUUCUUUGUUCCAAAUGCGGUCAGCUAGUGGAUUGUGCAAGGCCUUCUCCACAUGUGGAUCCCAUCUAGCAGUGGUCAUUAUGUUUUAUGGAACAGCCACUUAUAUCUAUAUUGUACCACGGACAGGAGCAUCUCAUGAUAAUGAGAAGCAGGUUGCUGUGUUUUACAUAGUGGUCACCCCACUUCUGAACCCUAUCAUAUACACUCUGCGGAACAAGGAUGUCCAUGAGGCGAUGGCCAAAGUGCACCAAAAAUGGGGCUUUUAG